AUGAAGAUACCACCAGCCAGGAGACUACGAAGUAAUUCUAGCAAUUCCAAUCGUAAUUGGAAAGGGCCGUGCAGGGUUCUCUCCUACAUCAAUAAGAGCGAAAGUGUCAAGAGAACCAAUUCUGCAAUUCAAAACUGUCCUUUGGCAGGUGUUCGUGGUGGAGUUGCUUAUGCCAGACAAUCAAAGUCGCAUAAAGUAGCUGACCCUGUACUGACAAAUGCAAAAACCUGUGUCAUGACAAAAGGCAUUUCUGGUAACUACACGUUUACGCAAGAAAACAAGAGAGCCUGGGGUUUUCUGGUUCGAAACAAGACGGAACCGUUCCUUUUAAUUAGACAUGUGGAAGAUAGAAAGACCAGUGAACCAGCCGGGUAUUCGAUUGGAGGUGAUCCGGACUCUGCGAUAAGAAUCACACACAAGGACGCCGAGAAAGAUCACGCCUUCAUUUAUGGUGUGAAAUCACAAAACGAAAAGGGUAUUCAUCAAGUGGCUGUCUAUCUCUCAAAUCGAAGCUCGAAUGGGAUCUGGAUCAACUCGAAACGCAUGCUCAUCCCCACCGUAACGCUGUCUGCUGAAGACGAGAUUCGCUUCUUUGAUCCGGAAAAAUACAAGGAUACCACAGAGAACCCGUCUUUCACUUUCAUCCGAAAUCCAGAUUGGGACACUUCCUUUGGUGAUUCCAUCCACGAUCUCUUCCUGACCGGAGGAAAGAUUGGGUCUGGUUCUUUCGGGCAAGUCUUCAAGGCGCAAUGCAAAAAAACCAACAAGAUAGUCGCUAUGAAGGUGAUUUACAAGAAUGCACUGAUCAAUAAACCAAAGGCAAAAGAAUCACUGCUCCGCGAAAUAGGCGUUUGUCUAUCAUUUCCUAUUCAUCCUUGCAUUAUCCAGGUGAAUCGACUGUUUGACAUUGACAAUAAGAUAUACAUUAUUAUGGAAUAUGGCGUUGACGGGGACUUGUUUGACAGUGUCACAUCUCAUGAGAUGGGUCUGAAGGAAUACGAAGUCAAGAUCAUCUUUGACCAGAUUGCACACGCCAUUUCCUUUCUUCACAGUCGCGGCAUUGUUCAUCGUGAUAUCAAGCUGGAAAACAUCAUCAUGUGCGAUCGCAAAUCUCUUACUGUCAAGCUAUGUGAUUUUGGGCUUUCCACCUUUAUUCGUGGCAACAAGCCCCUUGAGACGAGCUGUGGCACCAUCAUGUAUGCUGCUCCCGAGUUAUUAGAGUCAAAAGGAUACGGCAAGGAGAUUGAUGUCUGGAGCUUGGGCGUUCUUCUGUUCACUGCAUUGGCGACGAGUACGCCAUUCCUACAAGUAGGUGACGAAGGCAAGGAGGAAGAUCGACAACGAUUAAGAGAGCAGAUCAAGAGUGGAAAAUUGGAUUACAGUUUACCUGUGUGGGAGGAGAUCAGUGAUGAUGCAAAGGAUCUCAUUAACAAUAUGAUUAUGGUGGACAAGACAAAGAGAUUCAGCAUCCAACAAGUUAUUGAACAUAAAUGGCUGAAAACGAUCGAGAGCCAAGAAGCAUUGAAAGCUGGCUACCGUCGUAAUCAAGCUUUGGUGGAUUACCUCGAGCAACAAAAAAUGUGA